AUGUCCUCCAGCCGGAAGAGAAAGCAGGACGAGCCUGAAGACGAGCUUGUGAGCCUCCCUUCGGGCGACGAGGAGGAAGAUGAGUAUGUGAGCGACGAGGACGAAGAAGACGAUGACGUCGAGGAUGAUGAUGACGAGGAAGAGUACGAAGAGAACGGCGAGGAUGCUGGCGAGGAAGAGGAGAACGGCACUGUUGAGAAUGGCCGUCCCAACAAGAAACAGAAAACAGCUCCCUCCUCGGCCGACGCUGUGCCCGAGAACGGGGUCGAUGAGGAGGGUGAAGAGGAUGGAGAUGGCAAUGACGAUGAAGAUGAUGAGGAGGAUGAGGAAGACGCUGACGAGGGAGAAGAAGACGGCGAUGAGGACAAGGAGGCUGCUGAUGACCUCCCCGCCAAGGAUGCCGUCAAGGUAUCCAAGGUCACAGUCGCCAAGGACGCCGCGGGCGUCACAGCCGUCGCAGCUGGCGGCGACGACGAGGACUAG